AUGUUCUGGUUCGUUGAUGGUGAGAAGUCAGAGUACAGUGGUGGACGUACUGCGGUUGAGAUCAAGAGUUGGUGCACUGAGAUGACUGGUCCUGCUGUUAAGGAAAUCAGCAGUCGUAAGCUGGCUGAGGAGCAGGCCGGCACGAAGCCUAUCUGUGUUUAUGAGGGGCCUGAAGCCUCUACUGACUUCGAGGAGAUUGCUGCUAGGAAGAGGACGGAGUUCACCUUCUACCAUGUUGCGGUUGACACUGAGAAGCCGACUGUGAGUGUUCAGCAUAAGAGUGAGGAGCCUGUCGCUUGUGAUGAUCUUACUUUUGAUGGUCUCAAGAAGUGCCUCGAUGACAACACACUUCCUCUUUUCGGUGUUCUCGACGGUGAGACUUACGAGAAGUACAUGACCUCUGGAAAGGGUCUUGUCUGGGCCUGUCUCGAGAUGGAGUCCAGCGAUGAUCUUGAGAAGGUCGCCGACGAAUAUCGUCCUCUCAUUAAGGAAGUAGCCGAGGAGUUCAAGGACCAGUUCGCCUUCCUCUACAUUGAUACUAUUCAGUUCAAGAGGUUCCUCGAGGGUGUGCUUGGUGUGACUGAGCUUCCUACUCUUGCUGUUAACAAGAAGGCUGGUGACAAGCUGAAAUAUCUCUACACUGGUGAGAUGACUGCUCCCAAGGUCGACGAGUUCUUGAAGAAUGUUCUUGACGGUUCUAUUGAGCCUACAUUGAAAUCUGAGCCUGUGCCGAGCUCCCAAGACGAGCCUAUCCACGUUGUCGUUGGGUCCACUCUAGUGGAGGACGUGUUCCAGCCCGACAAGGAUGUUCUCUUCGAAGUCUACGCCCCUUGGUGUGGUCAUUGCAAGAGGCUUGCCCCUGAGUACGAGAAGGUUGCUAAGAAGGUCGCUGAGGCAGGUCUCGAUGACAUGGUCGUGCUCUCUAAGAUGGAUGGCACUGCCAAUGACUCUCCUGUUGAGAGCAUCUCCUGGGAAGGCUUCCCUAGUCUCUUCUAUGUGAAGGCUGGUGAGACUGAGCCUAUCAAGUACGACGGUCCUCGUGAGGCUGAGGGCAUGUGGGAGUGGAUCGAGGAGCACCACUCGAACUCAGAGGGUCUGAAGGAGCGUGUUGCUGCCGGCAAGGCUGUUCACGAGGAGGAGGACUCUGAGGCCGACAAGGGCGAGGAACUGUAA